UUUUUUUUUUUUUAUCGUUUUUGACAUCACAAAUUCAUUCAACUAUAUAAUGAGUAAAUUCAAUUUUACAGAGAAAUCAGAAAAAGCAUUAACAAUUGCACACAACUUGGCUUCAGAAUUUGGCAACUCUCAAAUAGCACCCGCCCAUAUUGGUUGCGCAUUAUUAGAUUCAACAGAGGGAACACCACUUUUUAAAUCGAUUAUCGAAAAGGCAGGUGGUGAUGCUACUACGGUUGAAAGAGGUUACAAGAAGAUGGUUGUUCAUUUACCCACACAAGAGCCUGCUCCUACCGAGAUCGGUCUAAGUCAACAAACUCUUAAGCUCUUACGAAAUGCUGAAAAACAUAUGAAAGAACAAGGCGAUACCUUUAUUUCGAUUGAUCAUCUUAUUUUAUCAUUGUUAGACGAUGACGCUACUUUUAGACCCUUAAAGGAUGCUGGCAUCACAAAAAAGGCAAUCGAAACUGCCGUCACUCAUGUUCGUGGUAAUCGUCGUGUGGAUUCGAAGAACGCUGAGGAGGUCUAUGAGGCAUUGGCCAAGUAUGCUAUCGAUUUAACUCAGAUGGCUCAAACAGGUAAACUCGAUCCUGUUAUUGGCCGUGAUGACGAGAUUCGUCGUGUUAUUAGAGUCUUGGCUAGACGUACUAAAAAUAACCCAGUAUUGAUUGGUGAACCCGGUGUAGGUAAGACAGCUAUCGUGGAGGGACUCGCUCGUCGUAUCAUUGAACGUGAUGUUCCUCAAUCAUUACAAUGCAAGCUCUUUUCAUUGGAUAUGGGUGCUCUUAUUGCUGGUGCUAAAUACCGUGGUGAAUUUGAAGAACGUCUCAAGGCCGUCUUGAAGGAGGUGAAGGAAUCUGAGGAAGGUGUCAUUUUGUUUAUUGAUGAAAUUCAUACUGUCUUGGGUGCUGGUAAAGGUGAGGGCUCAAUGGAUGCUGCAAAUUUGUUAAAACCAAUGUUGGCUCGUGGUGAAUUGCGUUGUAUUGGUGCUACAACCCUUACUGAGUAUCGUGAAAUCGAAAAGGACCCCGCCUUUGAGCGUCGUUUCCAAAAGGUCGAUGUCGGUGAACCCUCUGUGGCCGCUACUAUCUCUAUCCUUCGUGGUCUCAAGGAACGUUAUGAAAACUACCAUGGUGUCAAAAUUGUUGACUCAGCUCUUGUAGCAGCUGCUCAACUCUCGGAUCGUUACAUCACAAAUCGUUUCUUACCUGAUAAGGCCAUUGAUCUAAUUGAUGAGGCUGCUGCAAAUACGCGUGUCCAACUUGAUUCAAGACCUGAAGAGAUUGAUGUCCUUGAACGUAAACGUUUCCAACUUGAAAUUGAGGCUAAGGCUCUAGGUAAAGAAAAGAAUAAUAAGGAAUCUCAAGAACGUUUACAAGCUGUUAAAGAGGAAAUGUCAAGAAUUGAUGAAGAAUUGAAGCCAUUGAAACUCAAGUAUGAAGCAACUAAGAAGCAUAUUGAUGAAAUUCGUGACCUCAAACAGAAGAUCGAUGAACUCAAGGCCAAGGCAACAGAGGCAAAGAAUCGUUAUGAUUUGGAUGCUGCUGCUGAUAUUGAAUAUUAUGCUAUCCCUGAUGUUGAACAACGUAUCGCAGAUAUUCAAGAGGAAAAGCAACGUAAGAUGAAUGAAGAACUUGCUAGUGAUAAACCCUCUGAUACUAUUUUGUCAGAGGUGGUUCGUCCUGAGCAAAUCAUGGAGGUUGUGUCCCGUUGGACUGGUAUCCCUGUUCAAAACUUGGCAAAGAGUGAACGUGAAAAGUUAUUGUCAAUGGAACAAGAAUUAAUGAAGCAUGUAGUAGGUCAAGACGCUGCUAUCAAGGCUGUCUCUAAUGCGAUUCGACUCUCUAAAGCAGGUCUUCAAGAUCCUCAUAAACCAUUGGCUUCCUUUUUGUUUUUGGGCCCCACUGGUGUUGGUAAGACAUUACUUUGCAAGACUUUAGCUGAAUUCUUAUUUAAUGAUGAACGCGCGAUGAUCCGUAUUGAUAUGAGUGAAUUGAUGGAACAACAUAGUGUUGCUAAAUUGAUUGGUGCCCCCCCUGGCUAUGUGGGUCAUGAAGAAGGUGGCUUAUUUGAGGCGGUUCGUCGUAAACCCUAUGCUGUUGUCUUACUUGAUGAGUUAGAGAAGGCUCAUAAGGAUGUAGCUAAUAUCCUCUUACAAGUAUUGGACGAGGGCUUUAUCCAUGACUCUAAAGGCCGCAAGAUCGAUUUCCGUAAUACAAUUAUUGUCAUGACUUCUAAUUUGGGUGCUGGUCUCUUGGCAGAUGAAAACAAGGACGAUAUGAAUCUUUUAAAGGAGAAGAUUAUGGAAAUUGUUCGUCAUCACUUUAGCCCAGAAUUUACAAACCGUAUUGAUGAAGUCGUUAUCUUCAAUCGUCUUACGCAAAAUAACAUUACAGAUAUUGUUGAUGUUCGUCUUAAAGAAGUUGAAGAACGUCUCAAGGAUCGUCGUAUUGUUUUGGAGGUCUCUGAAGGUGCUAAACAAUGGCUUGGUGAACAUGGUUACGAACCUAUCUUUGGUGCUCGUCCUUUGAAUCGUCUUAUUCAACAACGUAUCUUGAAUCCUUUAGCAAAAUUGAUUAUUGAUGGUGGUGUUCGUAAUGGUGAAGUUGCUCAAGUGGAACUUGAUCCUAACGGUCAUAUCGAAAUUACUCGUAAUCAUGAAAGCGAAGCAGGUUAUACAGAAGAAGAGCCUAUGGAUGAAGAUAUUGAUAUGGAUUAAGUAAAAUUUAUCUUGUAUUAUGUAUAUAAUAAUGUUUCUUAAUAUUUUAUUAGUAUAUAUCUAUUUAUGUAUUUUUAUAUAAUUAAAAUAAACCAUUUGAAUGUAAAUACGUUUUAAUAAUCAA